AUGUUACUUAUUAACGGGCCAUAUGACAUAGAAUAUUUCUACAAUUUUUACGUAAAGGUUGUUGCAGAGACGUUUCUAUAUUUAAGAAACUUUGCAUUAUAUAUAGGCUUAUGGUUGUUAGGGUACUUAUUGGUGUGUUGUGUAGUGUAUCGACGCUAUGCUCGUCGAUUGCCAACAAGAAGACGGGGUGCGCUCGGCGCAAAGAGAGUCUUGGUGGUCGUGGCCCACCCAGAUGAUGAGUGCAUGUUCUUUGGGCCCACGAUAUUCAGGUUGUGUGAGCAGGGAGUUGAUGUACACAUAUUAUGCUUAUCUAACGGUAACUAUGAAGGGAAAGGUAAAAUAAGACGUACAGAAUUAUGGGCAGCUUGUCACGAACUUGGAGUACCUGAUGAAAAUAUAUGUGUAAUAAUGGACUCAAGACUGCAGGAUGAUCCUAAGGUCCAGUGGCCGGUGCCUGUUAUAGCUAAACUAAUACACCAUCACUUAGAAGCACUAGACAUAGAUACGUUAGUUACGUUUGACAGAGGAGGAGUAUCUUCACAUGCGAAUCACUCUGCUGUUUUUUAUGCUGUUGCAUUUAUGUUUGUUGAGAAGUUAAUAACGAAAAAAUGUACGGUGUACACACUAGAUUCAGUCAACAUAUUGAGGAAGUACAUAGGCUUUCUAGACCUGCCACUUAGCUUUGUACUGUCUUCUAAAAGGUAUUUCCUCCGAUGGACGGAGAGUCGACGUAUAGUCCGCGCAAUGAAACGCCACCGAUCACAGAUGGUGUGGUUCCGUUACCUCUACGUAGCUUUCUCUAGAUACAUGGUCAUCAAUACCUUAAGGAGGAUCAGUCUGGCAGACAUCGAAUUGGAGUUAGAAGUUGACGACUGA